AUGGCAGAAACUACUGUAAGAAAACUAAUAGUAGAAGUUAUCAAUGCGAAAAACUUGAUGCCGAAAGACGGUCAAGGAACAGCCAGCGCCUAUGCAAUUGUUGAUUUUGACGGACAAAGAAAGAGAACGAAAACAAAAUCCAGAGAUCUGAAUCCUCAAUGGGAUGAGAAACUCGAGUUUUUGAUUCUUGAUAAAGAAUCAACGGUUUCUGAAACGUUGGAGGUGAAUCUCUAUAACGAUAAGAAAACGACGGGGAAGAGAAGCACGUUUUUAGGGAAAGUUAAAAUAUCUGGAAGCACGUUUGUGAAGUUAGGCGAGGAAGUGAUUGUUUAUUAUCCGUUAGAGAAAAGGAGCGUUUUCUCUCAGAUUAAAGGUGAACUUGGACUCAAGGUUUGUUACGUUGAUGAAGUUUUACCGGUUAACGAAACAGCUGGUGAUGAGAAGAAAGAAGAGAAAGCAGAGGAGAAGCCACCGGAAACGGUAACAGAAGGAGAAAGUGAUGGAAAGAAAGAAGAGAAAGCAGAGGAGAAACCACCGGAAACGGUAACAGAAGCAGCCGGUGAUGAGAAGAAAGAAGAAACUCCAAAUCCUGUUGUAACAACGGAAGAUCAAAAUCCAAAAGAAGAAACUCCGGCAGUUCCACCAGCACCGGAGGUAGUCAAUCCACCUAUUGCUGAAUUUGAGAAGGUGAAAAUCAAGGAGAAACAGUUUGAAAUUAUACAAAAACGUGCUGAUUUGAAUGUGAGAGAUCACGAGCUUCGAUCUCUGAGCAACGAUCGGAGCAGAAGCGCGUACGAUCUUGUAGAUCGAAUGGCUUUUCUAUAUGUUCGUGUUGUGAAGGCAAAGCGAACAUUGAAACCUGAUGAAAAAGCUUCAACGCUUUUUGCAAAGCUUGUGAUUGGAACUCACAGUGUGAGAACAAAGAGCGAGAAUGAAGGAAAAGAUUGGGAUCAGGUUUUUGCUUUUGAUAAAGAGGGACUGAACUCAACAUCGUUGGAGGUUUCCGUUUGGGCAGAGGAGGACAAAGAAAACAAUCAGAAAACAGAGAGUUCUCUCGGAACGGUGUCGUUUGAUCUACAAGAAGUACCGAAGAGAGUUCCACCAGAUAGUCCUCUAGCACCGCAAUGGUACACUCUGGAGUCAGAAGCCUCGCCGGGAAACGACGUCAUGAUCGCCGUAUGGAUCGGAACACAAGCUGACGAAGCUUUUCAAGAGUCAUGGCAGUCAGAUUCCGGCGGUUUGAUACCGGAGACACGAGCCAAAGUUUAUCUUUCACCAAAGCUUUGGUAUCUGCGACUAACGGUUAUCCAAACCCAGGAUUUACAGCUAGGUUCGGGUUCCGAAGCUAAGGUUAGGCAGCCAGAGCUUUACGUAAGGGCUCAGCUCGGCGCGCAGGUUUUCAAAACUGGGAGAACUACUUUACUCAGCUCGUCUAAUCCUACGUGGAAUGAAGAUCUCAUUUUUGUAGCUUCUGAGCCGUUUGAGCCGUUUCUUGUUAUAACACUAGAAGACGUGGCAAAUUCAAAGUCAUUAGGUAUAACAAAGAUCCACGUGUCAUCCAUCGAAAGGAGAAUAGACGAUCGAACGGAUGUAAAGUCAAGAUGGUUCAAUCUUUGUGGUUUAGAUGAAAACAAUUCUUACAUAGGCCGAAUACAUAUUCGUAUUUGUUUAGAAGGUGGAUAUCACGUGAUAGACGAAGCAGCUCACGUGACCAGCGAUGUUCGUGCUUCUGCGAAACAGUUAACAAAACCACCAAUCGGUUUACUUGAAGUUGGCAUUCGUGGAGCAACGAAUCUUCUUCCAGUGAAAACCAAAGACGGUACUCGUGGCACAACCGAUGCCUAUGUGGUUGCUAAGUACGGUCCGAAAUGGGUUCGAACCAGAACCAUUGUAGACCGGUUUAACCCGAGAUGGAAUGAACAAUACACAUGGGAUGUUUACGAUCCUUGCACGGUUCUCACAAUUGGAGUUUUCGAUAAUGGAAGAUUCGAGAAAGAUGUUUCUAAAUCUCAAAGAGACGUUAGGAUGGGGAAAAUUCGUGUGCGGUUGUCUACACUGGACACUAACCGUGUCUACGUUAAUUCUUAUUCGUUGAUUGUUUUAUUGCCAGGUGGCGCGAGGAGAAUGGGUGAGAUUGAAAUUGCGGUUAGAUUUUCAUGUUCUUCAUGGUUGAGUUUAAUGCAGGCUUACAGCAACCCAAUUCUACCAAGAAUGCAUUACGUUCGUCCAUUCGGUCCGGCCCAACAAGAUGUUUUAAGACAAACCGCUAUGAAGAUAGUUACGGCUCGUUUAGCCCGGUCUGAACCGGCACUGGGUCAUGAAGUGGUUCAGUUCAUGCUUGAUUCUGAUACUCACGUGUGGAGCAUGAGGAGAAGUAAAGCGAACUGGUUCAGAUUAAUCGGUUGUUUGGCACGUGCGACGACUGUGUUUCGUUGGUUAGAUGGAAUUCGCACGUGGGUUCACCCACCCACAACGGUUUUAGUUCACGCGCUUCUCAUAGCGAUUGUGCUUUGUCCAUAUUUAAUUCUUCCAACGGUGUUCAUGUACGCUUUCUUGAUUUUGAUGCUGAGGUUUAGAAACAGGCCGCGGGUCCCACAAAACAUGGAUCCGAGGAUGUCUUACGUGGACAUGGUGAGUCUUGAUGAACUCGACGAGGAAUUCGAUGGGUUUCCGACGAUGAGGUCGGUGGAAGCGGUUAGGAUUAGGUACGAUAGGGUGCGGGCACUUGCGGGGAGGGCGCAGUGUUUGAUUGGUGACGUGGCGGCGCAAGGUGAGAGAUUAGAAGGUUUGUUUAGCUGGAGGGACCCACGGGCUACUGGGAUAUUUGCGGUGAUGUGUUUGGUUAUGUCGUUGGUGUUUUAUGUUGUGCCGCUUAAAGGGUUUGUGCUUUUGGCUGGGUUUUAUUAUAUGAGACAUCCCAGGUUUCGUGACGACAUGCCGUCUGUUUCAGUGAAUUUUUUUCGGAGGCUUCCUUCGUUUUCUGAUCAGAUAAUGUAA